AAGUCGCUGUGGCGCCUUACUCACCUCUGCUCACAACGUCGACCAUCCUUUCCUCAUCGUCGCCUUCGUUGACGACGACCUCUUGUGCAUAACCUCAGGCAGUACUCUACAUCUUAUCUCACUUAAUUACUGACAUUCUUUAUGGGUCAGUCAAAUUCUCGUGCCCGAACUUCGAGGCCAUUAUCUACUGCUUCAACCCAAGGCCGGGACAGCUCUGCUGUCGACGGCACCCCUUCCAACGACAUCGAACGCAGCGUCUCUCAUGAUAGUCAGCGUGCGGUGACUAAGCGACGAUCCCGACGUUUGUCUCUGCGGAGGAGUGUCUUGGGCCUUGUCUCUCGCUCAUCAUCAUCAACCUCCCUUCCUCAUCCCAAGGAUUCCUCUCCUUCCCGGCGGCCACACCACUCGAUACGUAAACGAUGGCGUUCAUCCAAACGUCUAUCACAUCCUCCAGAUGUCCCUCAGCCUGAGGAAGUACCUACAGCGGCGGACGUGCCGAACCCUCCAGAGGUAGUUGAAAGGACGCUUGACUCAGAACCUGCAUCUAAAGCGGGUCCUUCAUCCACAUCUUCAUCGCAUAAUACGCCAUUACGUGGCAGUCGUCCUUCAACGCCGUUCCCGAUCUCACGUCCGACGACCCCAAUCGCCGAGUUGCCUGUAGACGCUUCAACGGAAGGCUUAUCGGAGCAGGAGCGACAGUUAAGUCAGAACAUCGGGGCAUGGCUCAGCGGGGCUACUCCUCAACCCUCUCCAUCGCCAACGCCAGUACCGGUGCCCCCACAUAACGAGGACAUCGAACAAGAGAUCAACCAGUUCCUAAACGCCGACGUACACGCCAAUGGGGAAGCUACCAGUUCGCCCCCAGUGGUCCCAUCCCAAUCAACACCUGCUGCUACAGAGCCAAACUCGCAACCAUCGCAGGUGCCACGCCAUUUCCCUCCACCAGGAACCCUUGUUGUUGUACAAGGUGUUGUUAAUACAACAGACGCGCCUCAACCCUCAAAUACCUCAAACCCUUCUUCAUCUCGUCCUUCCGAAGGCAACUCUACCUCUGCGCCUGUUCGUCAGCGAUCUGCUUCCCUUCCUCGUUCCCACCAUCGGUUAGACGAGCGACCGAGAAGUAGCCUUGCGUCUUUGCUUCCCCGACCCCAUAGUAUGAUUAGCAGCAGACCUCCCUCCGAUGUCAAUCUUUCACAAGGUCCAGCCACAGUGUCAUCGGAUGCAUCAUCCAAUGACAACCCUUCACCCAGCAGCGAAGAUUCUUCCAGAACCGGCGAUACUCAGGACACCACUCCAAAUACGUCCGAAACGGGGCACCGGGCCUUGUCACCAGGUAGUAUCGACGUACUGGGUACACUCUUAAGUGUCGCGGCUACGGCCACCGCUGCGUCUCUGUUCUCACCAGGUCUUGCUCAAGCCUCCAAUGGUAGCAGCUCUGCCUCACAAACUAUCUCGGGCACAGACCGACCCACGUCUCCCACACCCACCGCAGGAUUGGGUGCAUUAGGCGGCCUUAACGGUCUCUCCGGACUUAACUUUAACCCACCAGGAUCGACACCAGGCGACAGAGACGCUCGUGAACGUAUACGCAAUGUAUGGGAGAGUUUCCGCGAACGUCUGGGUCUUAACGCUCGACCAACACCUGGUACUGGUCCGGUUGGCAAUACUGAUGCAGCAUCAACCAGUAACGCAAGAAUGCGCCCCGGCGAACUCAUGUUGGCGGAGAUGGCAAGGGCGUUGAAUGCGGGUUUGGGCCUUGCAGGCCAGGGGGGACAGAAUGAGCGCCAGUCAGGCGAGCAGAGCUCUGAGAAUGCUAAUGCGAACAGCGAUGCCCCUACCGCUCCCACUGAUAACGAGAGCAACCGGCCUGUCUCGCCUGAGGCUGGUUUCGAAAGGUUCUUGCUGAACCUCCAGGCCGAUCUUAGGACAAUACUCUCAAAUGACGGCGUAACCUCUUCAAAUUCAGAUUCUACGGUAGAGGCGACAUCUCCUGCCGAAAGCACCGCCGUGAGAGAGGAUGCAGACCAGCCACGACCGGAAGAUAUCCCAGUCGCCUCAAGUAGCUCCGAUUCACAAGUACAGGACAGUGCUUGUAAUGGCGAGGAUGAUGAAGACAUACCCGCCCUGCAGACCGAAUCAGAGGAUGAAUCAGAGGAUGAGGAUUCCGAGGACGGCGAAGAGAUCACUGAGGCUGUCCCUCCUCACCCUCGUACUCCUACGCCAAUACCAACAAGUCGUCUACAGCAACAAGCACGGCCAUCUGGAGAUGACGCUUGGGGCACUGACGAUCGCGGUCGACCUACUAUCAAUCUCUGGCGUAUCUAUCGAUUCCAACCUAUUCCAGCUCCGCCUAACCCUAUUACACAUGCUGCACGCACGACCCCCAUACCUGUACCUACUGAACAGGAGUCGACCCCUCUCCCUCAGCCCUCUCCAUCUGAAGCUGAAGCUGACCUCUCGGCUCAAACUUCAACGUCCUCAAAUACGGAGGAUAUGCCUUCCGCUCCAUCAGAGCCAGAGCCCAACGUCGUCGUUCCUGUUAUCGUAGUUGGCCUUCAAUCUGUCGACACGGGCCACGAUCGUGAGCAUGACGACGAUUGGCCUGCACAUGAAGCCACCCGUAAUACUGCAUCUACUGAUGAUGGACCUUCGUUGUCUGCACCAGGCGCAAGACCUCCUACACCUCGAGGUCGAACGUGGCAGUCAAGGGCUGCGAAUGCGCUACGUACUUUGAGACCUGGUCGCAGGAAUGGGUCAACGCGGAGGGCAGCGGAUGUGACGGGCUCUCGGACGUUCUUGAUAUAUGUCAUUGGCGGCUAUUACCCACCAAAUCACCAUAUGGUCACCGGAUCCGAUAGUCUAGAUUCCUAUGAGGCACUCUGGGAACUUGCUGAGCUGUUGGGUCAAGUGAAGCCACCAGUGGCAACGAAGGAAGACAUUGAGAAGUCGGGUCUUCAGAUCAUCAAAGCUUCCGCGAUGAAGCGGUAUGAAGGCGAAGGCAAGAUCUCCUCAAAUUGCAUGGAUCGAUGCCUUGUCUGUUUGGAUGACUUCGACGAUGAAGACGAUGUCCGUGUGAUGACAUGCAAACACGCUUUCCACAGGGAAUGUGUGGACAGGUGGCUACAAGUCGGUCGGAAUAACUGCCCUGCUUGUCGAACAAAAGUGGGUCUAUCUCUAAUGUCUAUAUAUGCGCUUGCUAACCUGCGUCUUAGGGCGUUUCCACUCCAACGGACUCGACGCCAACCCCAGUAUCAUAGGCUUCUUAAACCCUCAUCAUGACAUGCAUGCCAGUCCUCGGACGAUGGAUUCUUUUCUACAUUGCUUUCUCUGCUUUUCUCUGAACGUACACGCUCGCUUGUUGAUUGAUGUAAUCGCAGAUUCCGUUCCUCUUUGACGUAUGUAGCAGUUUUUCUCACAUCCUCAUUAUCAAUAUCCGUCUUUCCCGUCAUUCUCUCGUUCUCAAGUCGGUUCCAAAGAGUGCUUUUGGCUUUGUACUAAGUGUACAUUAUAUUAACGUGUCUCAGUAGAAUCUCCGUCAAUCCGGGGUAAUAUCGUUUAGGCUUCAUGCGUCGUCUCCGACCGGACCUGGUUGACCUGGACUGUCUGCCGCUCUCCAACUUGCAAGAAUAAGUUCUACGACAUCAUCUACACCCAAUCCCUGUUUCACGCUGGUGAAUAUCGUCGGGCCAUCUCCUCUCAUCAUCCUCGAAUCGCGUUCCAUAACUUCCAGUGAUGCCCCGACGUACGGCGCGAGAUCGAUCUAGUUGAAGAUAACCUCCGUUCGGUGAUCUUCGAGGUUUUCAACGAGUUUCGGAUCGACGUACCUUGUUUAUCACUAGUAGAUCCGACUGUGAGAUUCCGGGACCGCCUUUUCUCGGAAUCUUGUCUCCUCCCUGCGCAUUUGAACAUCCCUCAGUAUCGAACUCAAUCGUAUAGCACUCCAGCUGCGACUCACCGAAACGUCAAUCACAUAGAUGAUAUAAUCGGCUAACUCCCUUGAAUAGUUCGCAGCAAGGUUAUCACCUCCACUCUCCACGAACAAUAACUGACAGCCGUAUUUUGCCUGAAGGGUCUCGAGAGCACCCAUAUUCGCACUGAUAUCUUCUCGAAUAGCAGCGUGGGGACAUCCUCCGGUUUCGAUGGCAAGGAUGCGGGAGGAAGGUAGGGCUUUGUUGCGGAUCAGAAAUUCUUGGUCUUCGCGGGUGAAUAUGUCAUUUGUUACGGUUGCUGAAAGUGCGAGAUGAUUAGAUUAUUUGAGAACGGUGACAAGGAUGCA